GAAAGAUUUUUUCCAAGUGGGUUUUUGAUUCUCUCUUAAUAUGUGCAACUUCGUACAUGAUUUAUAGUAAGUUAAUAUUCAAAAAGAGAGCUUGUUGGUUGGUGUUUUUUUUUUUUUGGUUGGUGUUCUUGUGAUGGUGUUGAAGUGUUCUGGUUUGUUGUUAGGAUAAUGAAAUGACUUCCACAACAAAAGAAAUGGCUACAACAACAAAGUUCAUCAAAUGUGUAACGGUUGGAGACGGAGCUGUUGGGAAGACAUGCCUUCUUAUCUCCUACACCAGCAAUACCUUUCCAACUGAUUAUGUUCCAACUGUUUUUGAUAAUUUCAGUGCCAAUGUUGCUGUUGAUGGGCAGCCUAUCAAUCUGGGUCUUUGGGAUACUGCUGGUCAAGAAGACUAUAACAGGUUGAGACCUCUUAGUUACAGAGGAGCUGAUGUUUUCCUCCUUGCAUUCUCUCUCAUAAGUAGGCCUAGCUUUGAGAACAUAUCAAAAAAAUGGGUCCCAGAGCUACGGCAUUAUGCCCCAUCAGUGCCCAUUGUUCUGGUUGGGACAAAACUAGAUUUGAGAGAGGACAAACAGUUCAAAAUGGAUUAUCCAGGGGCAUGUACCAUUUCCAUAGAACAGGGUGAAGAACUAAAGAAACAAAUUGGAGCAGUGGCAUAUGUUGAGUGCAGCGCCAAGACACAGCAGAAUGUGAAGGUUGUCUUUGAUGCUGCAAUCAAAGUGGUUCUCCAGCCUCCAAAGCCCAAGAAACAGAAGAGAAAAUACAAAUCCUGUCUCAUACUUUAACUGAGUCCAUUGAAGUGCAGCUGAUGUUCCAUUGAUCAUGAUGACUCCCUUCUCUCCUCACUCUUACCAGAAGUUCAUUUCCUGUGUAUUCUUUUCUCCUUUUGGGAUAUGUUUUUAAUUUCUUUUUACUGGUAGGAGAUAUGCAAGGUUUGCUGCUAUUUUUCCUUUUGUGAUCCUUAAGAAGAUUGAUGAUCAUGUGACAUUUUAAUUUAUAACUGGCAUUAAUAUAUGUUAUAUGUAUGUGUAUUUAUCUGUUGGAAGCUGGCAUUGUUUUGAAUGGAUUGGAUAGAACUGUCCUUUGGUAGAAACCUCUAGUCUCGUA